AUGGAAGCCAUCCUCUUCACGUACAUGUACAAGUACACCCAGCCCGCGAUCAAACUGUGCGGCGGCGACGUCCAGCUCUCGACCGAGAUGAACUAUCUCGGGAUGGUGGUGGACAGGUCGAUGCUGUUCAAGGUCCAGGUGAAAAAAACGGCAGCCAGAGCAGCGGGGAUCGGGAACCAGCUGGCGAGGAUCAUGCCGAAAGUGGGCGGGCCCCGAGAGGAUCGACGGCGGCUCCUGUCGUCGGUGGUGCACUCCGUCCAACUGUACGGUGCCCCUAGCUGGGCACAUACGCUGGAGUUCGUGCCAGAGAACGUUCGGACCCUGAACAGAGCUCAACGGAAAGUUCUUCUCCGGUGCGCUUGCGCGUACCGCACCGUCUCCGAGGCGGCCACAAACGUGAACGCAUCAACACCGCCUGCAGACCUCCUGGCGAAGGAGAGAGAGGCGGCGUUCGACCGGGGACGGGCCCCUACGGAACCCACGGCAGGCAACGAUCCGAGAACCAACACCAUGGAGGCAUGGCAGGAGAGAUGGUCAACGGAGGAAUCAGGAAGCUGA